GCAAGGGUAUUAUAGUCCCGUUGUAAUUUUGUGACUCCGCGACCUACAAUAAAAGUGUCCCUUGCUUCGCCGACGCCGGCGAGUGGCUCGAAGAAGUUCAAAACUGUGCCUCUUCUGCUUCACGCAGUCACUGUAGCUAGGGUUUUCCGAGGUUUUGGGUCUUCUCCAAUGGGAGUUCCGGCGUUCUACCGUUGGUUGGCGGAGAAGUAUCCGUUGAUUGUCCAGGAUGUGGUUGAAGAACAGCCCGUUGAGAUCGAUGGCGUCAAAAUCCCUGUCGACACUAGAAAACCUAACCCUAACAACAUCGAGUAUGACAAUUUGUAUCUCGACAUGAACGGAAUUAUCCAUCCAUGCUUUCAUCCCGAGGACAGGCCUUCUCCCACUACCUUUUCCGAGGUGUUUCAGUGCGUGUUUGAUUACAUAGACAGGCUCUUUGUGAUGGUACGUCCACGGAAGCUGCUAUACAUGGCCAUCGAUGGUGUUGCUCCACGGGCUAAAAUGAAUCAACAGAGGUCUAGGCGGUUUAGAGCAGCUAAAGAUGCAGCAGAAGCGGCAGCUGAAGAAGAACGGUUGCGUGAGGAGUUUGAGAGGGAGGGGAGGAAACUGCCUCCUAAAAUGGAUUCUCAAGCCUUUGAUUCUAAUGUUAUAACUCCCGGAACUGAGUUCAUGUCUACUUUAUCAGUUGCAUUGCAAUACUACAUACACCUUAGGCUAAACUAUGACCCUGGUUGGAAAAAGAUUAAGGUUAUCCUCUCUGAUGCAAAUGUUCCUGGCGAGGGGGAACACAAGAUAAUUUCAUACAUACGCCUUCAAAGAAACCUCCCUGGCUAUAAUGUAAACACACGCCAUUGCAUGUAUGGUUUGGACGCUGAUUUAAUUAUGCUGGCUCUGGCUACCCAUGAGAUUCAUUUCUCAAUCCUCCGUGAGGUUGUUUUCACUCCUGGACAACAAGACAAAUGCUUUCUGUGUGGUGAGGUGGGCCACCGCGCAGCAGAUUGCCAGGGCAAGUUAAAGAGGAAGGCUGGAGAAUCUGAUAAGAAAACUGAUGCAAACGCCUCCGUUAAAAAGCCAUACCAGUUUCUCAACAUCUGGACGCUUAGAGAGUAUCUGGAGCAUGACAUGCAGAUAUCUAACCCUCCAUUUCAAAUUGAUUUGGAGCGCAUAGUUGAUGAUUUCAUAUUCAUCUGUUUCUUUGUUGGCAAUGAUUUCUUACCACAUAUGCCAACAUUAGAGAUACGAGAGGGUGCUGUUGAAUUGCUAAUGUCUGUAUAUAAGAAGGAAUUUGGAUCAUUUGGAGGUUACUUAUCCAAAUCAAGCAAGUUACACUUGAAGAGAGUUGAGCGCUUUAUUCAGGCUGUUGGAGUGUAUGAAAAUAGCAUCUUUCAGAAGAGAGCUAGGUUACAUCUGAGACAAGCAGAAAGGAUCAUGCGUGACAAUGCUCAAAGAGGCAGAACUGGUCAUACAGGGUUUCCAGUGCAACCAGAGUCUCUAGUUCAAGUCUCUCAGUAUCAUGGUUCACGCCUUGCUUCUGGUCCGCAACCUUCACCGUACAAGCAGAAUAUGGAUUCUACCCGUCCCCAAAAAGUUCGUCGUCUGUUUCCGGAGGAUAAUGUUGGUGUGUCUAUUGUUGACACAGAUAACAGCCUUGGAACAGAAGCAUUUAGUCCUGUUUCUGAGGAGGAACUCGAGAACAAAGAAGAAUUGAAGUUUAAGCUUAAGAAGUUGCUACGGGAUAAAACGGAUGCUUUUUGCUCAGGAAAUGCACAAAAAGAUAUCGUAAGACUGGGUGAACCUGGAUGGAGGGAGAGAUACUAUGAGGAAAAGUUUUCAGCAAAAACUGUCGAGGAAAUGGAAAAAAUACGGGGAGAUGUUGUUGCUAAGUACACCGAAGGCCUAUGUUGGGUAAUGCGUUAUUAUUAUGACGGUGUUUGUUCCUGGAAGUGGUUCUAUCCAUACCAUUAUGCACCUUUUGCAUCCGACCUCAAGAAUCUUGAUCAGCUGGAUAUUAAGUUCGAACUGGGCUCCCCUUUUACACCUUUCAAUCAGCUUCUGGGUGUUCUUCCGGCCGCAAGUGCACAUGCACUCCCAGAAUGCUUUAGGAAUCUGAUGACAGACCCAAAUUCGCCGAUAAGUGAUUUCUAUCCUGCUGAUUUUAUGGUUGACAUGAAUGGAAAGCGAUACGCAUGGCAGGGUAUUGCAAAAUUGCCUUUUAUUGAGGAGCAUCGUCUUCUUGAUGCGAUUGCACUGGUGGAGCACACAUUGAAGAAGGAAGAAAUUAGAAGAAACAGUGUAAUGUUUGACAUGAUCUUUGUGGCCGCAUCUCAUCCCCUGGCUGAGGUGAUACGUUCUCUGGACAAAUGUGCCAAAUCAUUGAAAAAAAGAAAACGAGCGAAGAUUACGGAAAAGAUUGACCCCGAGCUAAGGGAUGAAUGCAGUGAUGGAAUGAAUGGUUACUUAGCCCCAUGUUCUGGAGAUUGUCAGCCGCCAAUCUUCAGCUCCCCAAUCGAGGGCAUGGAAGAUAUUUCAGCCAACCAAGUCAUAUGUGGCAUAUACAAACUUCCAGAUAGCCAUAAACACAUUGCUCGCCCAACCGCAGGAGUGGUGUUCCCCGAAAAGAUUGUGCAUGCGUCGGAUUUGGUACCUAAACCCAGUCUAUGGCAUGAAGAUCAUCCGAGACCCCGAGCUCCUAUAGAUUUCACACGAAGAAAAAGGCAUAACCCUCCAGGAUCCAGCUCUAGGUUUCAGCUCAGGGAGACAGGAGAAAAGUGUGUAGUACAUGGUUUGCAACAUAAACCCGACCAUAAAGACAUCAACUCGGGAGCGAACCUGGCAGGUUUAUGUCCAAAUUCUGUUUCCAGAACGACGCAGGCUGGAAAAAGGUCCUACCAUUUCCAUCUCAAUGACAAACCACACAAAAGUGGGAAAAAGAAACAGAGAAGGAGAGGCAAGCAGAACAGAAACUCAAGUAAAUAAAACGGAAACUCAUCUCUGAAACGGAAAAGAAGAAAGUGAAAGGCUUAUAAGAGGCCUCGAUUUUUGAUCCAUAUCUCCUCUUGCUGUUGGCCCGAUAAGUUACUCAGUUAUAACUUGUACCGUAGUUCGUGUUUUUAGAAAAUUGUGGUCAUUGAUCAGAUUCCUUCGGACAUCAUAGGAGGGUCGUUUGGUGAACCUAAGAGAUAUUAGCCUAUAAGGGGUGUCAAAAAAGGCCGAGGUUUGAUUUC